GUCACACCCCUCCCUAGCCCAUAUACACUGUAGCCAGCUCUGAGAAAACCUUCAAGGAAGCAGAUCUAUAAUCGCACUACAUCUACACCGCUGAUCAAACAUGUGUAGUCGCUCUUCCAAAUCUUAACAACCAAAUACAACACCUCUCUGUCUAUAUAUAUAUCUAAGGUUUGAAGAAGUGUCUUGCCGGGUGGCUGUCUUGUGGGGAUUUGGUUUUGUUUGCUGAUAUUGUUACCGCGGAUUUGAUUUCUAAAAUGUGCGUGGACAGUGAUGGAUGUGAAAUCGAAGGCUGCAGCAGUUCGGACGAGGUGCAGACGCUGUCUGGAAGCAUGAGUCCCGGCUUGAAAUCGAACUCCGAUCCUCACCCGUGCAGGACCGGGCACAAGUUCAGGGCUGCCUUGCUGAGGUGCCGGUCGCCGGUCGCCGCUGCCGGGAUACUCAGCUUCGGGAAUGUGCUCAAUUACAUGGACAGAUACACAGUAGCAGGUGUGCUGCUUGACAUCAAGCAACAUUUCGGAGUCAGUGACAGCGGUGCCGGCUUGUUGCAGACAGUCUUCAUCUGCAGCUUCAUGGUGGCUGCCCCCAUCUUUGGUUACCUUGGCGACCGGUUCAACAGGAAGGUCAUACUGGGCUGUGGGAUCUUCUUCUGGUCGGCCGUCACUCUCUCCAGCUCAUUCAUCACGAAAGAGUACUACUGGCUGUUCGUUCUCUCCAGGGGGCUGGUGGGUAUUGGGGAAUCCAGCUACUCAUCCAUCUCGCCCACCAUCAUCGGAGACCUCUUCACCAACAACACCAGAACCAUGAUGCUCUCUGUCUUCUACUUCGCCAUCCCUCUGGGCAGUGGGCUGGGUUACAUCCUCGGCUCGAGUGCUAAGCAUGCAGCUGGGGACUGGCACUGGGCAUUGAGGGUGUCUCCAGUGCUGGGGAUGACGGCUGGGACCCUCAUCUUCUUCUUCGUCCCGGAGCCCAAGCGGGGCAGCGCUGACCAGAUCGGGGGGAGGCUGAAGGCCAGGACGCCCUGGAUCUGUGACAUGAGAGCACUGGCUAAAAACCGCAGCUAUGUGUUCUCCUCCCUGGCGUCAGCAGCGGUGUCCUUCGCUACGGGAGCCUUCGGCAUGUGGAUCCCUCUGUACCUGUUCAGAGCUCAGGUGGUGCAGAAGAGUGUGGUGGCCUGUGACCAGGAGCCCUGCAGCAUCAAGGACAGUCUGAUCUUCGGAGUGAUCACCUGUGUGACGGGGUUCCUGGGGGUGAUCAUUGGGGCGGCCGCCACGCGUCUCUGCCGGCUCAAGACGGAGCGUGCCGAUCCCCUGGUGUGUGCCGUCAGCAUGCUGGGCUCCGCCAUCUUCAUCUGCCUCAUCUUCGUCGCUGCAAAGAAGAGCAUCGUGGGUGCUUACAUUUGUAUAUUUAUUGGUGAAACGCUGCUCUUCUUAAACUGGGCCAUAACGGCGGAUAUUUUAAUGUAUGUCGUGAUCCCAACUCGCCGUGCAACUGCCGUGGCUCUGCAGAGUUUCACCUCUCACGCCCUGGGAGAUGCGGGCAGCCCCUACCUGAUCGGACUGAUCUCGGACGCCAUUCAACAGAGCUACACAGAGUCGAUCCUGUGGCAGUUCCUGAGCCUGGGGUACGCUCUCAUGCUCUGCCCCUUCGUCAUCGUCUUGGGAGGGAUGUUCUUCCUGGCUACAGCCCUCUUCUUCCUAGACGACCGGGACAAGGCGGAAAAACAGUUGAACCAGCUGACAUUGUCACCAUCGUCUGUGAAGGUCUGAAAAGGCCUCAAAGUGGGGAGAUCAGCUGGGACCGUUCCAGAUUCCUAAAUCCUCCAAAAAAACACAAACUCUGCAGCUUUGAAAAGAAAAAAAAAGAUGGGACGCAGCACUUCAAGUCAAGGAGCAUCACACUUAUCCAAAGAUUCCUCCUGAUUACUGCGCACGCCUUCCAUCUGUUAAAUAGAAUUAAAAAACUAUCAAAAAUGAAUAAGGAAGGAGGUGUGGUGGCCUUGUGCCAUCCUACACACUGUGAUGAGUGACUUUAUCAAAGCAGCUGAACAAGAACGCACAGAGAGACCAAGAUCAAAGACCAGUAAGGACCCUCAGCAAAACGGACACCAGGGAACCAACAAUGAUAGACUUAAUCGGGUCCUGACUAUACAGCUGAGGUAGAGGAUAGCGAACUCUGGGAUUUGAGUGGUUCAUGUGACUGCAAGGUCUCCAAAGAACCCUGCAAGGUGUCUUUGCUAUGCACAGCUGUUGUGGUCGGCUCCGAUAAGCCACAGUAACAAUCCUGGCACCAUCACACUGCAGCCGUUGGGUAUUGAUUCAUAGUGUUGCCGCUGUGGUACCAUUCUACCCAUGGCUCAUACCACUGCAGCUAUCAUUAUGUUUGCAUUGCCUAUUAAUCAUUUGAAAAGUAAUGGCGUGGUAAACACCAGAGGAACCAAUCAAAACCACGGAUCCACCAGCUGCUCCUGCCCACAGCUGUGUCUCGGUUCGUGAGUUCCUGGUCCUGAUUGGUCAGAAACCGAGGGGAGGGGCGGGGUUUAAAUGAGUCUGUACGCUCCACCUUGAGCCAGCUGGCCUGUUAUAAGCACUAGUUAUUUUUGUUCUCUUUAGAUUAAUAAGCUAACACAUGUAUAUUACUGAGUCCAGUGCCCCCCCCCGACCUCCCGCCCCAUUGCUUUCUUUUCUGUACAAAAAAAAACUAAAAAAAACGCACCUUAAGUUUCCAACGAAAGCAUUACCUGAACUGAGCAUUCGUUCAGUCCAAGAGUUUACAUCACUGCGUUUAUGUUUCAAGCUUCUUUUGUGAUUGUUUAAUGGAUGCUUUUACAGAUAUGAGUUUAUAUAUUAUGCAGCCAUUUUUUUAAAAUAUUGUAUAUUAUAAUCUAUAGUUGUAUAGAAAUGUAUUUAUAUAUAUAUAUAUAUCUUUAUUGUAAUGAUUAAGAACCCUGGUAAGAGAUGGUGGAUUGAUUCGGAGACUCUUUCAUUUGGGCGUGCAAUCGUUUACAAUGAGACGUGAGAGAUCCCAAACAGUUUGGAAUAACAGCUGUGCCAGAUGAAACAAACCGAGGCCGAUGCAAAAGCACGUUUUGAAUAUUUUUUAGGGUGUAGUCCAUUUUCUUUCAGCAAAGGACCCAACCUCAUCCCUUUCAAAGUUUUGUUCCAAAUCCGCUUGGUUCAGAAAUGAAACAUUUGUGAAGGACCUAUAUAAACGAGCCCAUUAGACCAAUUUUUCUCUCAAUUGGCUGAGAAGGAAAGCAGCACUGGCUGAGGCAAAAAAUAUCUGUACCGCGGAGUCAUGGCAUUGUCUGUAUAUGUAUGCUAUGUAAUGGGAUUAUAAUGGUGCUGUGAUUGAAUUACUAUUAUUGUUAUUAUUUAUUUGUUAAUUCCUUUUAAUCUCCAGUGCAGUAGCUAAUGCUUUCAAACUAGAAGUCAGUGCCUGUGAGGGGUAAUUUGAUCACAUAAAAAAACCAAUUACCACAACAUGAACAGGCUCUUAUUCUCUCAAUGAAGACGCCUGUCUCUGAUGUGAAAGAUACAUUCAUCUUCACCAUAAUAGUCUUUAACAAACUUCUAUUUGCAAAAGCAGCUUCCUCAAUGAACUGCUUCAGUUUCAAAAAUAUUUCCAUUGGGGUGACUUCAGUGCCUUUCUUCUCAGCCAGGCACUGAAGAAGUCCAGGAGGAGGAUUUUUAGUUUUUCUUUUCUUCUGCAAGCAGGGAGUUUGGCUUGCUCUGAAAUCUAUUGAUCUUCCCUGCAGGAAAUGCAGAGUGCUUGCCAGAUACCGUGUGCUCAGAGUUAGGCAGCAUUUCUCUAUGGGUUACUAGGACAACUGGACCUGCUUGGGGAGUAGACUAGGCUCUUGGUGAUGUCUGGGGGCUUGAUGGAUUUCUUCCAUCCCGUUUCAAUUGAAAGCUGCUGCUCACGUUCCUGGUGGCAUUCUGCAUUUCUCAUGUAGGAGAUCAGAAUCAAAAUGGGCAUCUCUGUUCGUUGGAUUUCUGUAAAACAAAACAAGCACCAUUGCAUCUGCUAUGUAUUUUUUUUGACAGGGUUUGACAGUUAAAUCACUACAGCAUUGUUUUCACUAGAAGCAUGGCACCAGCUGUCUCAUUUCCAGCUGUAAUAGGCUGAUCUACCAACAGAUAGCACUUGUUAGAAGAUACACAGCUCUGAAGCUGCAACAUACAGUAAUUACAACCUGGCCUUUUAAUUGGGAAUGCUUGACAUACAGUAAUAGAGAUCUAUCUCAGUAGCAUCUUCCGUCAGCCACACCAUGUGCCUGUCUCCCGGCUGUUGAUUUGACUUGUUAUUGGAGAUAGACUGUUUAUAAUAAAGACCUGUCAUUCAAGAACAUUUCAGAUCAUUUGCAAUUAGCAAUUAGCAAAACUUUUUAAUCAGUGCCAUCUCAAAAGUAGAAAUCCUAAACUUCGUGCUGUAUCAGCUGAGAUCAAAACUGGAGUACAGCAGGUACCUACAAAAAUAUUACAUUAUGAAAAUAAUUAAGUGUUGCUUCACCCUAGCUUGCACAAAAAACGAAAUGUGUAUUGCAACGUAGCGUUGAGAUCUGGAUCAGCAUUAAAAGUGUUGCAGAAUGACCCGUUCUGUAGGUCGUAGAGAUUCUGCUUCAUGCCUGCCUGUUUCUCAAAGCCUGAAACCACCCUCUAGAUAUUUAGCUUUUCAUAACUCUCUUUUUUUUGUUUCAAGAAAGGUUAUCCAACAUCAUCCAAAAUCAUUAUCCAAAAUCGUGGGAGCAAAGGAUGCUUACCGGAGUGGGCUUUUUCUUGUCAUACAAGAAUUCUGUAAAAUAAUUUUUCUGAUGUCACGCAGAAAAUAGAGACUAUUUUAUUUUUUAGAGCGAAUGGAAUUCAAAGUUAUCUAGGAAAUAAUUGUGAACAGAAAGAAAUGUACACCUAUAUGUAAAUUAUUAAGUAAACCUUAUUUAAUCAAA